GGGAGAAACGUAAACAUUCCUGCGCGAAGAAUACUACGAGUCCAGCGAUGUUCAUGGGCGCCUUGCGAAGUGAGCAGCCCGUCCCGCCUAGGUAGAAACUGAGCACCGAUUGUAACUAUUGAAAUAUUCUGCUGGUAGCUCAUUUGAUCAGCGCUGCAAUCGUGCAUUGUUCAGCGAGGAAGCAACAAGAGCACCACUCCGUGACCCGCGCCGCGCUCUACUGAUCGUCCGACAACGAGCGAUGGCCUACAAAGAGGACACCCCGCCACAGUAGGCAGCAACAGAAGUUGGGCUGUUCUCUCGAUUCCGUCGACGUGCGAGGGCGGAAGAAGUACAGGGGAGAGCGCGGGCGAGGAGCGAAGCACUAGGCAGUGGUGAGGUCACAUAAUGGCUCAGCGCCGUGCCUCGCGACGCCGACGUCGGCAGCUGCUCGGGUCGCGUCAGGGAGUCGCGGCGGAAAGCAUACCAGCAGCAGAGCUCGGCAGCUCGGUGGUUUCCUGAUUGUAUGUAGGCGCACGAGCUGCGGAAAGCCCGCAGCUCACGACAGCGCUGCUGCAGUUGCCCGCUUCCAAUCGCGCCGUGCGGCAGACGCGCUCGCGCUCGGUGGCUGCUCGGCAGCGAGUGAACUACCGAAGCGCAGCGUCGCGCGAUUGAGGAAGUGCUGCGCGGCUGGCUGCCGCAAUUUUCACGGAGGUCACGAUUGAAACCGACGCCCAAGCCGGUGGUAUGUGCUGUGUUUGUGCGCGCCUGUCGACUGGUUUUGAGCGAAGGCGGUGGUGCGUCAUCGUGCGGUCGUUGUCCUUGUCAUGUUGUCGAGAGGCCGAUCUUGACGCCACGUGAGGUGUUGGAAGACGUACCAAAGGGGCAUCGGGGCCAGGACGGGCCUCCCCCGAAAAUAAUAUGGUGUGCGGCCUGGGAGUCAUCAAGGGCGUCCUGUGCGCCCUCAACUUGACGAUCUCGCUGCUGGGAGUGGCGGCGAUUGUCGUGGCUGCCAUUGUGCUCAACAAUCCAAACCUCCACGAUGUCAACGACCACUUGGGAAAGUUCUCAAACUACCCAACUGCUGCCACAUUUGCCCUUGUGGCAGGUGUCACGGUGCUACUGUUUGGCGUCUGUGGCUGCUGUGGGGCCUGCUUCGGCGUUGGUUGGCUUCUGCUUAUGUUUAUUAUCAUCAUGGCUGGCUUCGUGAUUUUGGAAACUGUGGCAAUGGGACUUGUCUGGAAGUAUGCAAACAGUGCCGAGCUGGAAAACACCCUUACUUCAACAUUGUACACGCUCAUUGAAGCGAAGAAGACUGGGCUGCCAAACUUCUUACUAGACUUGCAGCAAGGCCUGUCAUGCUGCGGUGCAAAGGGACCAGAUGACUACCCACGGAACGGUUUUGAAAUACCAGCAAGCUGCUACACAGAGUCAAAGUCAUCACCGCCAGUACUCCACAAAAUGGGCUGUGGAGAAGCCAUCGCCAUAUUUCUUGGUGAACAGAGUCUCAAAAUUGGUCUCCUUGUGCUAGGCAUCGUGGUUGCCCAGGUGGUCGCCAUAUCGCUGGCAAUAUUUCUGUAUUGCAAGCUGUAGACAGCUGCAGAAUUUGGUGUGGCGUUUGCCUAUCUCUAGACCUGUUGGUCAUGGUGCAUUUCUUUUUCAUUCCUGUGACGACGACGCAACCUUUGUGCCGCCAAAGUCGCAAAGUUUUGCCUGUAGCCAGAAUUACCGCUGCCGUAAUGGGUUCUCUCAUGGAAUGUUUAGCCAUCUUGUAAAGUGCCUCUUGUUUAAAAACACUCACCAAAUAACAAAACUAUUGCAGAAGUACAAAAUGCAAAUAUGCAAACGUGCAUCUCCUUACAUUAAUAAGCACAUAUUUUUGCUUGUGUAUGCAUGCUUUUAGGUGCCUUACAUGCUGUACUAUAACGUUGCUGAUGAGUACCGUGGCCCAAGUAACUUGGCAAUAUUUACAGGUAUAGUUUACAGCUUGAUGUUGUGCCACUUAAGUGUUGGUCGCAGUGACCUGACUCAGCGAAAACCCAGCUACUGGAACUUUCUUCAUUGAGGACCUGCCUAUGUAUUUGUAGUGCCUUUUACAUUGACACCUAUGCAAUAGCAGAAAGGGCGCUUACAUAAUGCACACAUCGUGCCACCAUCGUUAUCAUAUUCGAUGAGUACUUCUAGUACAGCUAACCAGGUAAAUGCCUUAAGCUUGAUAUAACUUGAAAUUUUGUUUAGCUAAUGAUUUCCUUAUCCUAGAAUUCAAGCGCAGCUUAAACCGUUCGGAUACAACUUGAUGCAGAGUAUGUUUGCAGACUCAUUGCUUGUGUCGCCAUUCUUUUGAACAAUUUCUGGCGUCUCCAAUAUUAUUUCUUCACAUCUGAAGCAGACAUCGUCAUGAAAUCUGUGCUUCCGAGUAAUUCAGUCCCUAGUCAUGAAAAUGGGUAGUUGUACAGAAAGCGGACUUGUUAACCUCUUGAAAUGCAUAAAUAAGUACUGUGCUGUUUAGAGGGAAAGCAACAUAUUUUUUAUGCAGCACUUAAUGCGUGUGAUGGUUUUUGCUUGUUGUGCCUUCUUUGUACGAUAUGCGCAUUUGGUCUAAGCCUGACUUCCAAACAAACAUAGCGCUGUAUAUAGUGUGCUAGGUACCCCAAAGCAUCUUCUCCCGCACUCCGCACCUGUUUAACAAAGGCACCUAGUCAGGAUCAUGCUUCCUAACAGAGAGCUAUUUAACCCAAUGUUCAUUUAUCAAAUAUCAUUGUUUAGAGACCAAACAUGGACUCUGUUUAUUCACAUUAGUGUUUGCUGUUGUACGAGUUGUGCAUUUUAUCAGGCCAGACUUGCUUGUGUUGAUGUUUGAGUUUAUAGAUAAGACAUGAACUGUACACUUUUUUAGUUCUAGAAUACUUGCGUGUGUGAGUAUCUCAUUCGUGUUUUCUUUUAUGAUUUGUAAUGCAUGCAGCAAGAAUCUGCCGUUGCAGUGAAGAAAAUGUGACAAUCAGGCUGAAACUCCUCCUGCACUGUUGUUUAUUCAGAUUUCUAAGAAAAGCUUUAUAUGUACCAUUCCUUUGUGUUGUCAAUGUUAUUCUUUCUCUGCCUUUGCGAGAAAGAUCACGUGCAGCUGGAAUUGCCCAUUACUGUGCAAGUAGCCCGUUCCUCCGAAUUAUACAAAGGCGUAAAUGGCGCUGUAUAUUUUAUAUAAAGUGUUUCCAGCAAUAAACUUGUGCGAAAACCAAAGCAAA